ACUGCGUUCACUUUGGUUCGUUACUGUAGGAUAGCAAAGUGCGCGUGCGUUCUCUAUCAUGGUGACGCUCGCAGUACCAGCUGUUGAAGUUUUGAAAUUAUAAAUAUAGUAAAGUUUAAAUGACAGAGAUGGGUUGGUAACUUUUAAGAAGGUGGUCAUUUUUAUAAGUUUAAAACUCUAAACAGAGAGUACAUCAUAGAGAAACAAGGAGAAUCAUGACAGCUAACGAGGAUCAAGAGAUGGAGCUGGAGGCACUUCGCUCCAUCUAUGAGGGCGACGAGUGUUUCAAGGAAAUCAGUCCAGGGUCCUUCCAGUUUAGGAUAGGAGACCUCGAGGACAGCAAAGCAUUCAUCCUGGAUGUGACAUGGCCAGAGAUGUACCCUGAGACAGCCCCACAAAUCUCCCUUGAUGCCUUUUUCAACAACAGGAUCUCUGCAGAGACAAAGCAGCUGAUCCUGUCAAAGCUGGAGGAGCAGGUGGAGGCUAACCUGGGGACUGCAAUGAUGUACACUCUAUUUGAGUGGGCCAAGGAAAACCAGGAGGCCCUCAUGGAGAACCAUAAGCCUACUGUGACUGCUGUAACAUUAACAAGCAGCAAUGAGGCGACUACCGGCUCAAUGGCCAAGAAGAAGGAGAAGAAGGAGCAGCUGACUAAAGCUCAGAAGAGGAGGAUCAUCAACAGAACAGACAACAAGGGGGAACUGCCCAGAGGUUGGAACUGGGUUGAUGUUAUCAAACAUUUGAGUAAAACAGGAGGAAAAGAUGAUGACUAAGCACGAGGGCAGUGAUCUGCUGCUACUAUAUAUAUGAAAUUGCAGUGAAGUCUGAAAUCACUGCAGCCUGUUGAUGCUGCUGCUCCCGUCUAGAUGCCUUCACAUCCGACCUCACCAACAUGUUACACUCACAGUGACCUCCUCCACCCUGAGAACUGAAGCAGGCUGGGUAACACUGGACUUCAGGAUACACACACAUUUUGAGCUGGGAUUUAUUAGAAGCCCUUGCUGUUUUGUGUUUGUGAAUGUCAGCCAUGUAGAGGAACAUGUGAUUAGGUGUUUCACCCAGAUAUUCAGGGUGGAGUGUGCUUGAGACACUUGCGGUCACUGCUGUGUUUUCAGUCUGAGAUUAGGACCAGCUGCCAGGCACUGGAGCCUUAAUGUUGGCUUGUGGUACUGCAGUAAGUGGAUGUGUCAAAGUGCCAAGCUGUCAAUCUGAGUUAUCAUGUGACUUUGUGAAAGUGGAGAAAUUUUUACCAACACAAAAAGGUUACACCUUUCACCAUUUUAUUUUUGGUAAUUGUUUCCUUUUCCAUAAGAUUUAAAAAUGUUUUUAUAUAAAUAAACCUAAACUUGG